AUGGGUACUCUUAGUGAAUUUGACUCCCCACUCAUCCAAGCUUUGGCCGGUGCGUUUGAGGUCGUCACGAUCACCAACAUUUUUCUUUCAGUUAUAGGGUUACUUGUGAUUCAGUUUCUGUACCAGAUUGUUUAUUACAGGUUUUUCCAUCCACUGAAACGUUAUCCCGGUCCAUUCUGGGCCAGCGUGACUCGAAUAUGGCAAGCCUGGCACUUCUUCCAAGGCAGUGAGCUGGAUUCACAAUGGCAAGCAGUUAAAAAAUAUGGUCCCGUUGUCCGCAUAUCGCCAACAAUGCUUUUGGUUGCCGAUAGUACCCUCCUACCCACUAUUUUCCAUCGUCGUGAUGUAAAAUCCGGGCUCUAUAUUUCCGAAUACUUUGAGAGACCAGGAAGUAUCUUGAUCAGAGAUCCGGCCGAGCAUGCAGCCCAUCGACGCCUAAUCGGAGCUACCUAUUCAUUAUCUAAUAUCAUGAGGAUGGAGUCUUUGCUGGAUAAACAUAUCUCAAAAUGGCUGAAUAAGAUGAGCUGCAAGUUCGCCGAGGAUCAGAAGCCUCUGGACUUUCCUUCUUGGAGCGCUUUCCUAUCUUAUGAUACCAUCACAGAUGUGGCGUUUCGCAAUCCCUUGGGAUUCAUUGACAACGAAUGCGAUGUUAAAGGACUGAUGAAUGCAUUUCAGGUGGGGGCUCUGGCAUUCGGCGUCGCAGGGCGUCUUUAUAAAUUUUUUACAUGGCUUCCUCAGACUUGGUUGAGAAGGUAUCUCGUGGUACGACCUGAACAGACGCAAGGGUUUGGGGUCGUAUUCAAGCAGGCUAAGACAAUCCUCGAUGAGCGUACAAAGAACCUUGCUGAAGGCCGCACAAUCAAAUCUGAAAAAGGAGACGGGUCCUACGACUUUCUACAAGCCUUCAUGGAUGCACGUACCCCAGAAGGCCAGCAACUGAUGUCUGAAACCAUUCAAACCGAGAUCUUUGUGAUCUUAGGCGCCGGUGCGGACGGGUUUAGUUCUAUGUCAUCCGCUUUCUUUGCUGAGAUCCUGUCGCAUCCCAUCAUUCUCAAGCGUCUCCUGGCAGAGGUCAAGGCUGCGGUGGAAGCAGGCAAGCUCUCUCAGCCAGUGCCUACCUACACGGAAAUUUCCCAUAAUCUGCCGUUCUUUAUAGCUUGUUUUCGUGAAACCAUGCGCGUUCACCCUGCGGGGUCAACCCCCCUCCCUCGGCUGAUCACCGCGGACAGUCCGGAACUAAUCCUUAACGGGUUCAAAAUCCCUCCUGGUAUCGAGGUUGCGGCAAAUCCCUGGAUUUCUCAUCGUGAAAAGGCAAUAUACGGAGAGGAUGCAGAAGAGUUUAACCCCGACCGGUGGUUGGGUGAUCCUGCCCAGGUUAAGAUACUUGAGAAGUAUAACUUUGCUUGGGGAUAUGGAUCCCGGGUCUGCUUUGGCAAGCAUUUUGCUUUGAUGAUGUUAUACAAAGCUCCGGUUGCACUGUUGAUGCAGUUCGAGGCUAGUCUUUGCAGCGAGACGCUUGAUACCCCUAAACACUAUGUCCAACCCUACGGCCCAGUUCUACGUUGGAACAAUCUCUGGAUUGAUUUGAAGACUCGUGAGCCCUGGAUCUCGAAGAAAGGGCCUAUGACUCCUGUUGAGAAGAAUCCUCUGGACCGUCCCCACCUUGAGAUCCCCGCCUGA